CAGGAGCAGUUAAAGAGGUAGACUGGGAAGGGAGAUCUGAAAAGGAGAUAAAGAGAGGAUUAUAGUGGGGAAAGAGCAUUUGUGUGCAGUAUAUUUAUUGCGAGAGCACAUGGGAGAUGGUAGCAGGGUGGCAUGAACAGGGAGGAUUCAUCGCAGAGUUCCUCUGAUGUAGAUUAUUCAUAUCUUCGCUGGCAGCUGGCCCAUCUGUGAAAUGGAUGGAUCAUAUUCAUCACUGCGGGGCCCAAGUCUAAUCCUACAUCUCGCAGGGAGGAUAUCCCUUGUGUAAUCUCGCUCAGAAGAAGAAAUGGCAGUGCUGUGGUGGUUACUUCUCUGGUGCCAUCAUGCCCAGCAGAUAGUCCAUGCCAACGAGAGCACCUCAUGGACAACAAAUGCUAAGGAGUGGAUGCCAGCACCAACACCCACUCCACCAUCCACAACUUCAAAUGACUCACCCAGCACCUUGUUUCCUUCCUCUGUUUCUACCUUAGCAGUCUCUGUCCCAGCAGACUCUUCACCUUCUAUAGAAUCCACAUCAUCUCUUCAUGCUUCUCUUCCUUCUCCCCCUUCUACCUCUUCCACCUCUUUUCCAAUGACUUCUCUGUCCCCUUCCCCUGAUAUAGACCCAGUCGAUGAUGAAGGCAGCAAAGCCGCUCUAAACUUUCUCCACUCAGGGGACCAUAUUUUGCUUUCAGAAGCCAAUUGUUCAAAAAGUUUUGAGCUCACUGAACUGCAGGGACUCCCACCAGAGACAGUUCUUUCCCACCUUAGGGGACCACGAGAUUCUCUGCUCCAUGCCACCAACUUCCUCAAUAUGAUUUUCCAGGCCAGUGACAUGCGUGAGUCAAGCAUAAAAGAGGACAUGGAGUGGUACCAUGCUUUGGUAAGGAGUCUGGCAGGUGGACACCCACACAUUCGACGUGCCCUGCUUUCCCUCACUGCACACCCUAUGUCCUCCAAGCCCCUGCUGCUUCUUCAGGCCACAAAGAAAGGCCAUGAGAUUCUUCUUCAAGAUCUCUCUUCUGAUUUCCACCAUGGAAGGCACAAAGGGAACUUGGGGUCAUGGGACAAUUCCCAUGCCAGUCCCUCCUUGACUAAAGCCAUUCUUUUGAAUGACCUCCGAAGCCUUGACACACCAAAAUGGAGCAGAGGGGACAGCUACAUUGUAGACCAUAGCCAUGUGCGGUGGACCAAACCUUUCCUGGAAUGCGAGGGGGGACACUUUUUGCAAGGAUGGAUAACCUCCCUCUCAGCAGCAUUCUAUGGGCUGAAGCCUGAUCUAAGUCCAGAGUUUAAGGGGACCUUACGUGUGGAUGUGCAGCUGCUGAACUUGGGAAUAGACCAAUGUGCCAAAGGGUCGGCUUGGUUUGCAAACAGCCACAGCUGUGAUGAGAACAGUACCCAGUGCAUAUCGGAUGAAAACGACGGCUCCACCUUGGGCAGGUACCGAUGCGUGUGCCAGCCUGGCUAUUACAGGACACGCCAUGAGGGCUCAGAGAUGUCUAACGUGGCUUGUCGGCCAUGCAGUGAAGGCUGUGCAACGUGCGUGGAUGGCAGCCCCUGCCUGGUGGAGGAGGACUGGGCCCUCCGGGUUACCGUACUGUCGGUGCAGGCUACGGGGAUGCUGGUGGUGUUCCUGAGCAUGCUGGUGUCUUACAACUUCCGCGACAGCAAAAGAAUCCGUGCAUCUGGACUCGUCCUCCUUGAGACAAUCCUUUUCGGGUCUCUGCUGCUCUACUUUUCGGUGUUCAUCCUGUACUUUAAGCCCAGUGUUUUCCGGUGUUUUGUGCUGCGCUGGGUCCGCCUGCUGGGAUUCUGUAUUGUAUAUGGAACCAUUGUAUUAAAACUGUACAGGGUCAUGAAAGUGUUCCUCUCACGCACAGCUCAGCGGGUCCCCUACCUGACCAGCAUGCGUUUGCUGCGCAUGUUGUUUGUCUUCCUGCUGUUCUGCAUUUGGUUCCUGGUGGGAUGGACUCUGGGAACACUAGAGAACCUGCGGCGAGGCGUUCUGGUGGUGAUCCGCACACAAACCCGAGAGGGCCUCGUCUUUUACACUUGCGACCAUGACCGCUGGGAUUACAUGAUGUCUAUAGCCGAGGUGCUCCUUCUUUGCUGGGGAAGCUUCCUGUGCUACAGAGCCCGAUCGAUUCCUUCUGCAUUUCAUGAGCCUCGAUAUAUGGGAAUUGCAAUCCACAAUGAGAUGAUUGUCUCCGCUGCAUUCCAUGUGCUUCGAUUUCUUAUUGUUCCUUCGCUUCAUCCAGAUUGGACGUUGCUUCUGUUCUUUAUCCAUACACAUGGGACGGUGACCAUGACACUCAUCCUAUUGUUUGUGCCGAAGUUUCUACAUGCAGGGGUUCCACCACGGGAAGAGAUAGCAGCUGAAGUCUACGAGGAUGAGCUGGACUUGAGACGUUCCCGCUCGAACCUUAAUAGCAGUAUCACAUCAGCAUGGAGCGAGCACAGCCUGGACCCCGAUGACAUCCGGGAUGAGUUGAAAAAACUCUAUGCACAACUAGAAGUACACAAAACCAAAAAGAUGACCAUAAAUAAUCCUCACCUCCAGAAAAAACGUAGCUCCCGCCGAGGCAUUGGCCGCUCCAUCAUGAGACGCAUCACGGAAACCCCAGAUUCUGCAAACCGACAGAGUGCCCGAGAGGAUAAAGAGGGUUCCCCUGGCUCCGGCAGGGUUCAGCGGCAGAAGCAGCAAGAUGGCGGCAGUGUUAAGUCGCGGGAAGAGUCACUGCGACAGAGGGUACUUUCUUUACGUAAGUCACACAGCACAUAUGACCAUAUGCAGGAAUCCAAGGAUGCUGGACAACCCUCCCCGCGCCUGGAGAAUUCAACCCGAGAUGCCUCACUACGGGAUUCUCUAAUGAGAAGGAAUCUGGCCAGGAAUGUCUCCAUGCGUUCUCGUGGAGACUCUCUAUGCCAUGCCCCCCUGGUCUGUAAGUCCCUUAGUGCCCACAACCUACUGGCUGAUAAAGCUCCACUCAGUAUAUGUCCUGGUCCCCUUCAAAAAUCCCACAGUGUGAUGGGCAACGCCAAGGGUCCACUAGUUGGAGCUGCCGAGAUAGAACGGACCAUGGAAGGAAGCAGGAACCCCCUUCUAGGUGGCAGCUUUGACAAAGCAGAGGUUUGCCCUUGGGAAGUGCAAGAGCUCCCUCCACCAACUGAAAGUCGUUCUCAGAAACAUGUAACCUAUGCUCCUGGUAAAUGCAGUAGCUUAGACAGUUCACACAGUUCAGAAAAGACACAUAUUUCAAAGAAAAAAGGUGAUAUAAGUAGUAGUAAGCACCAUAGUGUGGGAGGUGGUGAGGAAAUCAAGAGCCCAAGCAAUGAUGGAAGUGAAUAUGGGCAUUCACAAGGUGCCACCACUAAACAAGACCCAGAUGAUCCUUGCUCCAUUUCAGUAAAACCUGGCACAGGUUCAUUAGCUUCAGAUGAGCUGAAAACAAAGGCACCAAGCCUAAAAAGCAGAGACAACAAAGCAGACUGUGCAGAUACCUUAAAACCACUCCAUAAGGGCACCCUGAAAAGCCUAGUCUUGGCAGUCAGAGCAUUUAAAGUGAAAGAGCUGAAGGAUAAGGGCAAACAGCAUGCCAGUGCAGAAGGUAGCCCCUUAAAGCACAAGAUGGAAGAAAUUUGCCCAUGGGAGACAGAAUCGAAUGAUGGCGAUUAUAAGAAUCAAAAACCAGUUGCUCUAAAUUUGCCAGAGGAAGGAUCAUUGCGUACCCCUCCCCGGCAGGUAGCAUACAAAUCCAACAACAGUAAAGAGGAGACGGCUUCUCCAAGUCAAAUCACCAAGGAGGCUACACCUAUCAGAAAGCUGGAAAGGAUGAGCCAGUUGAGAGAGGCAGUCUGCCCCUGGGAGAGCAUGGAGAAUGUUCCACACAAAUCCAACAGUGUAGAAAGUAGAAGAAGCGAAAUAUGCCCAUGGGAAAGUACAGACAGUGAGGGCCCCGGAGGUCUUCUCAGUCAGUCAGGGAGCAGCCUAUCCUUCCACACCCCAAGUACCAAGGGGGUAAAGGAACAGAAUGAGGGUGAAUGGGAGAGAGAACAGAGAAGUCAGAAAGCAGACAUAUGUCCAUGGGAAGUGGGACAGGUAAAAGAUCCAAAAAUAGAAGAUUGGAAAGCCAAGAAAUCAGUGAGCUUGAAGGAACAAAUUUGUCCCUGGGAAGAUGCAAAAGAGGAAAAGCUGAGAUCAGAGAUUUGCCCAUGGGAAACUAGUGAUGUGGAAAGUGUGCCUUUGGGGGGCAUCAGUGGGCGGAGUCUGGCAAUAAAAUUAGAGGAGCUGGGUAGGCAGAGGGAUGCAAUCUGUCCAUGGGAAAGUGAAGAGUCAGGAGGUUCUCCUGGUACAAUCAGUCAGUCACAAAGUAAAACGUUUAAUGCAGGCCCAGUCAAGUCUAAGACUUCAGAUAGCUUGGAUUUGGAGGCACAUAGGGGGGAAAUAUGUCCUUGGGAGAGUCUAGAUUCAGAAGGGACACCCGCAGUUAUGAGCCAGUCCCAAAGCCACACUUGGGAGCCAGCAAACAAAGAGUCAGGAGAAUGUUGUCCUAAGAUGUCCCCUCAGACCAACAAGCCAUGCCAGGGCAGAAUGUACAAGUCACAGAGUAAGCAGAAUUCUCUUUGCAGCUUGUCCAGCGAGGAUACACAGCCAUUAUCAAAAAUCUUAAGCAAAAGUGAAGGCCGGAUUGGUGACCUGUACUCUCCAGCAACGUCUGUGCAACACACCAAGCGCUGGCAGCACUCUCUGAGGGAACAAAGCUCUGGUUGCACUAGAGAGCUGACAUUUUCUGUCUCCAACCAACAAGGGCACAUUGAGCAAAGUACAGCCGCAGGAGGGGGCCAAGACACUGGCAAGCUGGCAGAUAUUUGCCCUUGGGAUGUUCAAGAGAAGCCCACUGAGAACCAGGCCAACACCAGGAAAGCAGAGGUCUGCCCCUGGGACUUUAAAUAACUAAACCCCUAUCACUAAACGGAGUGCUGCAGAAAAAAGGCAAAUGUAAAUAUGUGGGUUUUUAGGGUGCUUUCUGAGAACAAUACAGAAAGUUUAUAGGGUGAUAUAAUAUGCACAUAAAUCAAGUAUAUUGCAUUUUACAAGGGGAAUAAAUAACUCUAAUAAUGAUAGGUAAAUAUGUUGAGAAAUAAAGUUAUUUCGCUGAAAUUACUUUACAGUCAGAAAUGAAUAGGAAGUUACAGGUUGAAACGCAUCCUUUGUCUGUGGUAAGAGCUCAUCAAAAUAAAAUGAUCCUAUCUCUUUAUACGGUUUGCCUUCAGAUUUGUGAACAAUUCUAAUGCCGAACAGAGACAAUAAAAUAUUUGUACACUUAAA